AGUGGCGGCGCGGUUGGGGCGGUCUGGACGGGUCUGCGCGGGAGUGCGGUGGAGUCCCCGAGAUUUGGCGGGCGCUAUGAGUUCCUUCGGGGGACAGAUGGCCGAGUACCCCACCAUCUCCAUCGACCGCUUCGACAGGGAGAAUCUGCGGGCGCGCGCCUACUUCCUGUCCCACUGCCACAAGGAUCAUAUGAAAGGGUUAAGAGCCCCUGCCUUGAAAAGAAGAUUAGAAUGCAGCUUGAAGGUUUACUUAUACUGUUCUCCUGUUACUAAGGAGUUGUUGUUAACCAGCCCGAAAUACAGAUUUUGGGAGAAACGAAUUAUAUCAAUUGAAAUUGAAACUCCUACUCAGAUAAAUUUAUUCGAUGAAGCAUCAGAAGGAAGAGAUUCUUGUGACUCUAUUACCAGCUGGUCAUUGCCCAGGAUCAGUUAUGUUUUUAUUUCAGGGCAGCAGCGGGACUGUCCUGUACACGGGGGACUUCAGGCUGGCGAAAGGCGAAGCUGCCAGGAUGGAGCUUCUGCACUCUGGGGGCAGGUAGUAAAAGAUAUCCAAAGUGUAUAUUUAGAUACUACAUUCUGCCAUCCAAAAUUUUAUCAAAUUCCGAGUCGGGAGGAGUGUCUGCACGGGAUCCUCGAGCUGGUCCGAAGCUGGAUCACGCGGAGCCCGCAGCACGUCGUGUGGCUGAACUGCAAGGCCGCCUACGGCUACGAAUAUUUGUUCACCAACCUCAGUGAAGAGCUUGGGGUCCAGAUUCAUGUCAAUAAACUCGACAUGUUCCAAAACAUGCCAGACAUUCUCCAUCACCUCACCACAGACCGCGGCACACAGAUCCACGCAUGUCGGCACCCAAAGUCAGAGGAAUAUUUUCAGUGGAACAAAUUACCCUGUGGAAUUACUUCCAAGAACAGAAUUCCACUCCACACAAUCAGCAUUAAGCCAUCCACUAUGUGGUUUGGAGAAAGAACCAGAAAAACAAAUGUGAUUGUGAGGACUGGAGAAAGUUCGUACAGAGCUUGCUUUUCUUUCCACUCCUCUUACAGCGAGAUUAAGGAUUUCUUGAGCUACAUCUGUCCCAUGAACGUGUACCCAAACGUCAUCCCCAUGGGCGCCACGCUGGACAAAGUUGGAGAAAUCUUAAAGCCUUUAUGCCGAUCUUCCUCUCAAGGUGCUGAGCCAAUGUAUAAACCUCUCGGGAAACUGAAGCGAGCCAGAAGCCACUACCCAGACUCCGAGGAGGAAGAUGAUGAUCUCUUUGAUGACCCUCUGCCACGACCUUUAAGGCACAAGGUUCCAGACCAGCAGACUCUUCACUCUGAGUCAUCUUCUGUGACUGCAAUAUCAGAAAACCAGCCUGGAAGACCAAGACAAAGCACAACAUGCAUUGAAACCUCUUUUUUGGCAAACUUUGUAGAUUGUGAAGAAUCCAACGGUGAAAGUGAAGAAGAAUUAGAAAUUGCAACUUCAUUUAAAGGUGAUCUGGAUCCUGUGACAUGUCACCAGCACAAGUCUGAUGUGGAUGUGCCACAGUGGGAAGUGUUCUUUAAAAGAAAUAAUGAAAUCUCAAAUGAUGGUUUGGAAAAUGUCCCUUCAUCCACAGAGGCAGGGGGAUCUCAGUCUCCAAAGCUUUUCAGUGACUCUGAUGGGGAAUCAACCCACAUCUCUUCCCAGAAUUCUUCUCAGUCAACACACAUAUCAGAACAGGGAAGUCAAGGCUGGGACAGCCAAUCUGACACUGUUUUGUUAUCUUCCCAAGAGAGAAACUGUGGUGAUAUCACUUCCUUAAACAAAGGUGGCUACAGACCAAGAAUCAAAGAGAAUAUUCCUGCCCCCCAGCUGGAGCAAAAUGUACUUUGUCCAAAGGAUGCUUACCCUGAUUUUAAAAGCAGAAAUCAAGAUGUAAAUAGAGUACCUAGUGUUGGAGAACCAACUACUAUAAAUAGUGGGAAUCACACACCUGAAGAGAAGAGGUUACUAAAUCUUAGCUCAAAUGCAGAUUCACAAGGCUCCUCUGACUUUGAAAUUCCCUCAACUCCAGAGGCUGAACUACCUAAAAGAGAACAUUUACAAUAUUUAUAUGAGAAGCUGGCAUCAGGUGAAAGUAUAGUAGUUCAUAAAAAAGCAGCUCACUCUUAGAUAUUUAAGAAUUAAAAACUCUUCAUUAUAGGGCAACCACUAAAAAGACCUAUACAAAUUAAUAAUAGUUGAAACCACAAUAGAUAAAUUAAAGUGGAAUCCUUAAAAAUUCAAAUAACCUAAAAGGCAGUAAAAGGGAAACAGAGGAACAAAAACCAAAAGGAACAAACAGAAAACAAAUAAUAAAUGGUAGACCUAAAUCCAGAUGUAUCAAUAAUUACAUUAAAUAUAAAGGGUCCAAACACACCAAAGCAAAGACAGAUUGCCAGAAUAAAAAACAAGAAACAUAACCCAACUAUAUGCAGUCCACAAGAAACUCACUUCAAAUAUGUGAUGCGAUCAAAUUGUCAUGUAUACAACACUCUACCCAAUAAGAGCAAAAUAUGUUCUUUCCAAGUGCACGUGGAACGUUCACCAAGAUAGACCAUAUCCUGAGUCAUAAAAGCACUUUUGAAUAAAUUGAAAGAAUAAACUUGGAUCUAUUAUAAUAAACUGAUGGGUAUAGGAAAAAUCACCUUAAAUUUCAAAAUACAUCACUUAAGAACCUUGGUAUAAAUUCAGUGGUAAAAUUUAAACUAGAAAAAUUAGGACCUAAAAGAAAAUACAUAAUGAUCAAAUGGCUAAAUUAUGUGUAUGUUCUUUGAGUCUUUCACCUGCCUUAAGUAGUGGGUUAUGUUUUUGCAUUAUUUUGUAUGAGGAUUUAAUAAAAUUUUAUUAAAUUUGCAAACACUGAUAUUUCAUAUAUUAAGGAAGCAAAAGCAGAGGUUUCACUUUCAAGUUUAAGUCAAGUAUCAAACACAAUCAGUAGGUCAGUUAAACCACCAAUGACAUGCACCAUCCUGCCUCACGGUA